AUGCAGCUGCGGUGGGGGACCCACGAGAUUCUCCGCCUGCUGAAGCAGCAGGCACGGCAGGAGGUCGCGGGCCAGAUCCCCACGCUGCACGCCGACUACGGUUUCUUGGGCGAGAAGAGCGGGGUCGAGAGGAUUGAGAGCUCGACCAUCCCUUUCAUCGUUGUCAAGGACGGCCCGCCUCCGACGGGCACGCGCUGGCUGGGCGCCCACGCGGUGCAGAGCAAGGGUGUCCAGCACGAGUACUCUACCAAGAUCGUGGCCCAGGACAUCGUCAACAAUGGCCACGGCAGGUUCAUCUUCAAGUCCGACGGCGAGCCGGCUCUGGUGGCGGUCAAGAAGAGCGCGGUCUCCGAGGUCCGCCGGACUGGUGUGGAGAUCAACGUCACCCCAGAGGAGAGCCCUGUGGGGGACUCUCAGAAGAACGGCUACAUCGAGCGCGCGAUCUGGGAGGUGCAGAGCCUCACGCGCGUUCUCAUUCACAAGGCUAUGGGGCUUCAUGGCACGAAGUUUCACGCGGCUCAUCCUCUGGUAGUUUGGGCCAUUCGUUACUCGUCGCAGCUGCUGAAUCGGUUCCAGCGAUCCGGUGACGACGGCAGGACUGCUUUCGAGAGGCGGAAGGGGCGACCCUACCGCAGGCGGCUUCCAGAGUUCGGGGAGCUGGUGAUGUUCUUGACGGUCGCCGAUGGCAUGUACGUGGGUCUCGUCGACCGCGCGGACGAGGUGAUCGUCCUCACGAAGGAAGGCUACUUCAAGGCGAACACUAUCCGGAGGCUUCCGGAGGAGCAGCGGGGCGACAAGAGCUUCGCGGAGGCUUGCAGGGGGCUCUCUUGGCUGGGACCCCGGAAGGCAGGCGACGACGACGCAGAGGGCAUCGAGCCCUUCAGGGCUGCCGCCCCGGUGGUUCCAGCAGAGGAACUACCGCCCCCGCUGGCUGGGAGAUCGCUAGCAGGGCCGAGACGCGUCUACAUCCGCCGGGAGGUCGAGCUCAGGCCGGUGGCGGAGGGCGGCUUCGGGUACACCGACAACUGCAGGGGCUGCAGGGCUGCCCGGGAGGGCAGGGCCGCGGUGGCUCACUCUGAGGCCUGCAGGGCCCGAGUGGAGCAGGCGAUGGCUGAUCGCCAAGGCGCAGGCAGGGGCGACGAUCUACAGAUGGACGUGGUGGACGAGGACGCAGCCAUGGUUGGCGACGACGGUGGCGGUGGCGCCAUGGCGGGAGACGACCUCAGCUCCAUCACGAAGUCCAUCAACGCUGACCUGAUCAAGCUCGGCGGCAACCCGAUCGAGCUGAGCCAGGUCGAGUCCAACGAUGCGACGGUCCCCGAGGUUUUCGGGCGCGGCAGGUUCUGCGAGCGUGCCCGCGAGUUCGGACUCACCCCAGGGUUUGCUCUCGACCUCGGCACUGGAUGGGGCCGGAACAUUCCCACGCACAAGGACGAGGCGGCACGACUCCAAGCCAGUGACCCGCCUCUGCUCCUUAUCGGCUCUCCACGCUGCACGGCGUGGACCACGCUCUUGAAUUUCGGACAGGUUAAGCAGGACACGCUCGACGGCCUCAUGGCCGAGGCUAUCGACCACAUGGGCACCUGUGUGAAGAUGUACUACGAGCAGCUGCACAACGGGCGCUACUUCCUGCGCGAGGCGCCGCACUCGGCGAGGUCCUGGCACGUGAAGGGCAUUCAGGACCUCCUCCGCAAGGCCGGCGUCUUCCACAUCGUCAACGACCAGUGCGAGGCAGGGCAGACCGUCCCUGUCAAGCAGGCCGACGGGACCAUGAAGAACAUGACAGUCCAGGGCCGCACGGGCUGGAUCACCAACUCCCGGUGCAUUGCGAAGGAGCUCUCCAAGUUCCAGUGCAGGAACCGACGCGGAGGGCGCCGCGAUCACGUGCACUUGGUCGACGGCAGGGCCAAGCACAAGGCCAACUACCCUCCAGCUCUCGUGGCGGCCAUCCUACGCGGAUUCAAGGAGCAGGUGGGGCACGACACGAUGCUGAGUGGCAUGGGCGUCUCCGCGGGCAGCAUGGACGUGGGCUACAACGUGGAAACCGAGACCCGCGAGAUGCUGCACCUCCCGGAGUACGAGAACACCUUCGAUGACAUCACGGGCGCGCGGCUGCCUCCUGAGCAGGUGGGGCCAGCACGCAAGAAGGAGAUAGAGUUCCUCCGCAGCUUCCCCGCCCACAAGCACGUGGAGGCCAGCGAGGAUGGCGGAGGCAUUGGGCUCUUGCUCCGCAUGAUGUACGGCAUGAGAGACGCGGCGGCUGGCUGGGAAGAGUACCACCAAGACAAGUUGGGCUUGGCCGGCUACAAGGCAAGAGUCUCCUGCCCGCGCGCGUUCUCCAACUCAGACGGGUCGUCGUCAGGAGUUGUUCACGGCGACGACUUCAUCUUCGAGGGCGAGGAGCACCAGCUCGACGCGAUGGAGGCAGAGUUGCGGAAGCACAUGCUGGUGCAGAGGAAGGCUCUUCUUGGGCCUGACCCCUCGGACGACAAGCACGCGACGAUCCUCAAUCGGCUCAUCUCCUACGUCGGCGGUGGCACUGGAGUGAAGAGCCGCAUCGCGAUGAAGCCAGACCCUCGACAUGCGGAGAUCUUGGUUCACGAGCUCGGCUUGAGCGGACGGGGAUCCAAGGCUGCGUCGACUCCUACGGAGAAAGGGGCUAGCUACUACGACGACACUCCUCUGCAGGGUGCGAAUGAGGCCAAGGCGCACAGAUCCCUCUGCAUGCUGCUCGGGCUCCUGGCCCAAGAUGCACCCCACUUGCAGUGCGUUGCCAACAAGUGCUGCAAACACAUGGCGGUACCUACUGUUGGCUGGCUAGCUCGUCUGAAGAGAGUUGCGAGGUUCCUCAAGGGUGAGCCUCGGUGUGUCCAGAGCUUCGUCGAGCAGCAUCACGAGGGCCAGCACAUCGACGUCUACUGCGACUCCGACUGGGCCGGCGACGUGAAUGACAGGAAGGAGAUCAAGGUUUGCAAGACGCCGGGCGAGACCAACCCAGCGGACCUUGGCACCAAGGAGCUCUCCCGCGCGGACGUCCUCAAGCACCUGACGACCUGCGGGUUCUCUUUCGAGGCCGGGCGCCAUCCUCUGGCGCUGGCUGCGCAGGUUUCGGUGCCUGGUGAGAUCGGUGGCUUGAGCGGCUACGGCCGGGACCAGGCGCUGCGGGACGCGGAGGCGCUCGUCAUCGAGCGCCCGAGGCAGGUGCUGAGCGGAGCACAGAUGCUCGAGCGCGCCUCGAGACAGGCGUGCUCGAGGAGGGCUGUCGAGAUAAGCACGUUUGACAGCAGGCCCUUCGCGGCGCCCCCCGACGGCGACGGCAUGGCGGCCACGGCAGCAUUGGCGCGGCCCGCGGCAGUGUCGUCCGCCGCGGGGAUCUUGAGCCUGCUCGAGGAGCAGGAGAAUCAGCUGCGCGUGGCAGCCCUCGAGAGGCUCGACGAGGUGGUGGACCAGUUCUGGCACGAGAUCGCAGACUACCUCGCGGACGUCGAGAGCCUCUACGAGGACGAGAGCUUCUCGGGCCGCCGGCUCGCCGCGCUGGUCGCGUCGAAGGUCUAUUACCACCUGGAAGAGUACGAGGACGCGCUCAAGAUGGCCCUCGGCGCCGGGCAGCAGUUCGACCUUUCGCAGCGCUCGGAGUACGUGGACAAGGUCGUGGCGGUGGCCAUCGACGAGUACAUCAAGCUGCGCUCGGAGAACUUUGAGCUCGAGAUCAAGAAGAAGGGCCUGAAAGAGGUAGACCCGCGCCUUGAGGAUGUCGUGAACCGGAUGUUCCAGCGCUGCUUGGACGACAAGGCGCACAAGCAGGGCCUCGGCAUGGCGUUGGAGUGCCGGCGCCUGGACAUGAUGAAGUCCUUCAUCACCUCCGGGGACGACGUGGCCAGCAUGUUGGAGUACGCCCAGAAUUGCGCAAUGAGCGUCAUCACGUCGAAGAGUUUCCGGGAACAGGUCCUCAAGGCGCUCAUCGAGCUCUACGCCAGCACCAAGGACGUCAACUACUCGGCCCUGGCCCAGUGCCACUUCAUCCUGCACGACCCCGUGGCGGUGGCGCAGAUCCUGAAGGACCUGCUGAGUCGGGGCGACAAGGAGGGCCGGAUGAUGGCCUACCAGAUCGCCUUCGACGUGGCCCCCGCCGACGUGGCGGAGGGCGCCCCUGCGACCGCCGCCGAUACGGCGGCGGCGCCGGCCGAGCCCGCCGCCGAUGACAUGUCCGAGGAGGACAAGGAGAGCCUGACGCAGCUGCGCAGCAUCCUCUCCGGCAGACGUUCGAUCGACCUCCACCUUGAGUUCUUGUACCGCAACAACCGUUCCGAUCUGCUCAUGCUGGAGAUCAUCAAGAACUCGAUUGAUUCCAAGAAUUCGGUCACCCACAACGGCACGGUGAUGGCCCACAGCCUGAUGCAGUGCGGCACCACCAGUGACGUCUUCCUCCGCAAGAAUCUGGAGUGGCUCUCCAAGGCGACCAAUUGGGCGAAGUUCAGCGCGACGGCGUCCCUUGGCGUGAUCCACAAGGGACACAUCAAGGAGUCGAAGUCCAUCCUGAGCACCUACCUGCCCGGGCCCCAGGCCGGCGGCGCGCGGGGCAGCCCCUACUCCGAGGGCGGAGCCCUCUACGCCAUGGGCCUCAUACAUGCGAACCACUACGACCCGGACACGAAGGCGUUCCUGCUGGAGCAGCUGCACAACGCUCAGGCCACCGAGGUGUUGCAGCACGGUGCCUGCCUGGGCAUCGGGCUGGUGAGCAUGGCCACUGCGGACGAGAACACCUACGAGGAACUGAAGCAGACCCUGUACACGGACACGGCGGUGGCGGGGGAGGCGGCGGCUUACGCUAUCGGCCUCGUGAUGGUGGGUUCCGCCUCCGAGAAGGUAAUCUCGGAGCUCCUGGCCUACGCCCACGACACGCAGCACGAGAAGAUCAUCCGCGCCUGCGCGCUUGCGCUGGCCAUGAUCAUGUUCCGAAGGGAGGAGGAGGCGGAGACGCUGAUCCAGCAGAUGGUGCUGGACAAGGACGCCAUCCUCCGCUACGGCGCCUGCUUCUGCAUCGGCCUCGCCUACGUCGGCACCUCCCAGAACGGCGCCAUCCGUAGGCUCCUGCACAUCUCGGUCUCCGACGUGUCCGACGACGUGCGGCGCGCGGCCGUCAUCGCCCUGGGCUUCGUCAUGUGCAACGCUCCUGAGCAGCUGCCCGGUGUGGUGAAACUGCUGUCCGAGAGCUACAACCCCCACGUCCGUUACGGGGCCGCGAUGGCCCUGGGCAUCGCGUGCGCUGGCAGCGCCCAGCUCGACGCCCACAACCUGCUGCAGCCGCUCAUGUCCGACGCCUCCGACUUCGUGAGGCAGGGCUCGAUCAUCGCCAUGGGCAUGCUGUACAUGCAGACCUCGCCGGGGAAGACGGAGAGAGUCAAGGACUUCCGCACGAAGUUGCAGAAGGUCAUCGGUGACAAACACGAGGAUGUGAUGACGCGGUUCGGCGCCAUCCUCGCCAAUGGCAUCAUGGACGCGGGGGGGCGCAACUCUUGCGCCUCCCUCUUCUCCAACUCCGGGGUGCUGCGGAGGGGCGCGGCGAUAGGGUUCUGCCUCUUCACCCAGAUGUGGUACUGGUUCCCACUGAUCCACAUGUUUUCCUUGACGCUGAUCCCGAAGAAUUUCUCGCUGAAGUCUGGAGCGAAGCCGUCGUUGUUUGCGUACCCGGAGCCGCUCAAGCCGCCGAAGAAGGAGGAGCAGGCGAAGGCUGCCACUGCGGUGCUCUCCACGGCGGCCAAGGCGAAGGCGCUAAAGGAGAAGAAAGAGAAGGAGAGCGCGGACAAGAAGAAGGACGCCGACGUGGACAUGGACGACAAGGCGUCCGUGAGCAACUCCGUGGCCGGGGUGUCGGUGGCCGGCAUGUCCGCGGCCCCCGCCAUGUCCGUGACGGGCGUGUCGGUGGCGGCCACGCCGGGGACCACCGUGGUCGGCUCCACCUACACCGAGUCCGUGGCCGCGAGCGACCUGGGCAGCGAGAUGAUGGAGGUGGAUGCGCAGGCCGUCGCCCCCGAGCGGGCCUCGCCCGCGCCCGCGGCGGAGAGCGCCGAGAAGGCCGACGCCGCCGCGGCGGCGCCCGCGGACGGCCGGGUCCUGGGCCCAAAGCCCGCCCAGCCCGUGGCGCAGAGCCCGGAGGAGGGCGAGGACGGACGCCAAGAAGGAGGCGGAAGUGCCCGAGCCGACCGAGGAGAUCUUGACCAACCCGUGCCGUGUGCUAAAGGCGCAGAUGCAGCACAUCUCCUUCCCGAGGGAGAUCGACGGCCAGCCCGUCCGGUACGCGCCGCUGCUCGGGAGCAGGCGCCGCGGCUUCCUGCUGCUGAGCGACAGCAGGCCCGAGGAGCCCAACGCGGCGUCGCCGUCGACGUCGACGUGGGCGACGACGACGGCGCGGCGGCAGCGUCGAGCGGUCAGAUGGGCGAUUGGGGGACCGACCAGUCCGUGUCCCUGUCGCGCUGGCUCCUAGGAAAGAUGCUUGUCCGGCGGCGCCUCCGCCGCUUCUCUGCGUUCACCGAGCCGCUCACUCACAUGACGAGACGAGACCGCACGCUCCGACCCAAGGUGGAGCGGGCCAUCGAGCUGCUGCCCCACGACCUGGCCGUCGGGCGGUACCGCCGCAUGAUGCGCGCCUUCGAGAUGAACGCGAAGAAGAACCACCUGCCCCUGGAGCGUCCCGAGAGCCGCCUGCCCGCCGGCCAGCCGGAGCGUCCGGUGCUCAGCCUGUCGUGCUCCCGGGGCUGCCUCGAGGGCCCCCCGGAGCAGAACUACGAUCCGAUGGUCCCGUACAUGGCGCCCUUCAUCGAGGAGGCGAAGUUCCAGAUGCAGGAAGAGCAGGCCGAACGCGAAUUUGUCAUUAAGCCGGCCAGCUUCUUCACCGCAGUGCCAGCGUGGACCCUCGAGGACCGCCGUCUUUACAGCGGCCCGACCACGGGUUUCGACGAGGAGCAGGAGGAGGGAGGGGAAGGACUGGACUGGAGCAAUCGCGAAGCGAUGGGAAACGUCACGCUGACCUUCUCCGAGCCCGCGGCGAAAAGGCAGGAACGUAAUAACCUGAAGUGUAUGCACAGCUUGCUGAAGGGCAGCACUGCGCAGCAACUCCAGAGGAAGAACCAGCUUUUGGUACUCCGCCUCGCCCCUGCAGUCACAAAUAGCGUGAAGACCGCGGGCGCGAACAGGUACACCCAGGAGGAGGACGGCGACGCGCCGCCGCCCAUCGUGGUGUGCAACACCUUCAUCUCGGUGCAGUGGCGGGAGCGCCCGCAGGAGCCGGGCGGAGGGCAGGCCCCGCUCGCCGCGCCGGCGGCGCGCCCGCAGCCGGGCCUGCCGCGGCGCGUGGCCUCGACGCCGGCGCAGCUGCACGAGGCCGGCGCCGCGCCGGCGGGGGAGGCCGAGGCCGCGCCGGGCCUGCCGAGCCUGGGCUCGGCGCUGCACCUGGCGGGGGGCUGCCGUCCGUGCGCCUUCUUCGCGCAGGGCGCGUGCAAGAGCGGGGCGCUCUGCAGGUAUUGCCACCUGUGCGAGGCGGGGGAGAAGAAGCGGAGGUGCAGGGAGUGGAAGGACCCCGAGAAGAAGCGGGCGUCCAUGCAGGGGGGCGUGCGGCUCGAAGCCGCGUGCCCCGCCUCGCCGCAGGGCGCCAAGGGGCCCGCGUCGCCCGCCUGGCGGCCGCAACGGGCCGCGGGCGCGGACGGCGGUGGGCCCGCGUGCGCACCGGGCGAGGAGGCAGGGGGCUGGUGGGGCUCGCCGAGGACCUCGAGCGGGGGCGGCACGCCCACGGCGAGGUGGGCCGACAUGUGCAGCGCGGACUGA